AUGCAGUUCUGGCAAUUAAAGGUGCGUUCUAUUUUGGAAGAGGGAGGAGGCGGUGUUCGCGCUGAGCUGGUCGUCUCCAGAUAUCCCACUUUGUCCGUGUUGAAACCCGGGCCCGGAUCCGGCUCAUGUGUUUUAUAUCACCCCUCUGUGUUUGUGCGUUCACUAAUCCCCUAUUUCCUCUCAGGCUAUGCGCAAUGCCACACACGGACUGGUUCCGCCGACGUUCAUGGGGGCCAUUGCUCUUCUGGAUCAGCAGAACCGGACUGCUCCACCGGACCCGGAGUGGCGGCAUCCCUUGAUGGGCGUGUUGUUGGCCGGGCUUUGUCUGUUGACAGUCUCGGGUAACGUCCUUGUUGUGGUGGCAGUGUGCACCAAGAAAUACCUCCGGAAUCCUACAGGUUAUUUGAUUGUGUCAUUAGCUUUUGCCGAUCUCGUAGUAGGCAUGGUCGUGAUGCCCUUGAACAGUUUGUUUGAGAUGACCCGACAUGUUUGGCUAUUAGGUGAGUGGUCUGAUUUAAUGUCACCCAUUAACACAUUCAAGGUCUCACCAUGUGCGAUAUUUUUCAUGCUCUCGAUAUCUUGGCAUCGACCAGUUCUAUUUGGAAUCUCUGUGUCAUCAGUCUAGACAGGUACAUGGCUGGCCAAGAUCCCAUCGGAUACAGAGACAAGGUUUCCAAGAGACGGAUUCUAAUCGCCAUUGUUUUUGUAUGGGUAAUGUCUGCCUGUAAGUUAAAAUUCCACUUCAAAAUUUAAAUGGAGAAUUAGGAUUUUUUAGGAUUUUGUUCACAAUACAAAAAGAAAAUUUUAAAAUCUGUACACAAAAGCAUUACAGGUCUUGCUUUUCCGGCGAUAAUCUGGUGGCGCAAGACCUCCCCGCAUCUCUACAAGGACCAAUAUCAAUGUGUUUUCACCGAUAACUGGAUCUACGUCGCUUUCUCGUCCCUCGUUUCCUUUUACAUUCCAAUGAUAUUAAUCCUCUUCGCUUAUGGACGUGUGUUUUUGAUUGCUACAAGACAUUCCAGGCAAAUGAAAGACGGGGUUAAGAAGGUGAGAUUACCUUGAAUAAAUAAAGGCGGUUCUCUAUUUCACGCAUAGACAGCACUGUAGAUUUCUUUUCUGAGCAUGAGAAAAGAACACAUUUAAAAUCUUUUAGGAAAACAUGAAUUGCGCUAUCAUCAUGUAUAAUAGAAAAAUUUAACAAAUCUCGAUUGUGCCCCCUGUGUUUUUUUAAAAUAAAGAGCAUACAGAAAAACACAAAAAAGUCAAAUAAUUUUCUUGCUAAUUCCACACUCACAUUUCCUCAAGCUCCCCAGAAACACCAAUUAAGGGUGGUUAAUUGUUUAAUUCCAGGUAAAAAACAAGAAUUGGCGACCCGGUUUUGACGACACGGCCGCUCAACUCCGCAUUCAUUUCGGCCGCGCCCGACCCAAAACAUCGGCGAUCGCUAAUGUGAUUCUGGCGGCAAACGGAGCUGCCGUGAACACGCAACGGAUCCAACAGAAGGAAGAGGGAAGCCGGGUUAUCCUCUCCCGUUCCGAGAAUAGUCCCUCUAUACAGAAAACAGUAAGUCGUUGACAAACCGGGUAAUCUAAUUGCCCAGGCGUCUGAAAGGAGCUCCAGCUCUCAAGGGGAAAUCGAAAGGACCAAGUCCUCGGAAAGUUGCGUUAAAGCGGCCGAGAGCGUUCCAAAGACCUUGUACCGCCAUAUAAAUAAGUCUAAUUCGACAGUCGGAACGACUCGAAGAGAGAAUGAUGCAGAUAUGAUUGGAAUCAACAACAUGAAGAAAGAAGCCUCCAUGGUUGUUCUUAAUAAGGUUAGUGCUUGAAAAAAAUUCGUUUAGGUAAGAGCGAAGAAACAGAACUUUCAGAGAGAAAGUAAAAGUUUUUCUGAAUUUGCUCUCCCAGUUUUGAGUUUGGGUGGGAAAAGUGACUGAUAGCACGGAGGACUGAUCUUUCACCAGCCCAGAAAAACGAAGAAUCCUCCAAAAUAGGCUCCGUCUUAAAGUGAAUUCUUGUUAUGGGAAGUAGCCUUAGGCCCAAACUCGACUUUGGGGAGUGAAAAAAUCAUAACAUCUCAAAGUCAAUAAUGAUGAGUAAAAAGUGGUUUUUAAACCACGAGCAAUAAAAAUCUUCAAUUUUUUCAAUUUACAUACUUUUCAAAACAAGUAUUCAGAAAAAAUUUCAAUUUUUUCCGGAAGUCUUGUAUCCUCACUCAUCCUCUCUAACAUGUAUUCCUGACCAUCCUUUAGCUCCGUUGUUAAUCGGGCUACACGUUCCAAAAUUUAACUGCCAAUUUUCGCUUCACUGGUCAGUGCAAUUUUUUGGAUCUUUUCCAGAAAUUAAGGGAAAAAAAUUCUGAUCACCUAGGUAAAUUAUUCGAAACUGCUGAUAAAUCUUGGCCACGGGCUAAAACUGCUCUAUACGACUGCUAGAGGUGGGCUAGAAGGACAACGAGCGCACCGCGGUGCACCGCUUCACGUAAUUGAUCACAUGUAGUCAGUUUCCGUUCAUCACAUCGAAAACAAAAAAAUCGGCGUUGCCCUCGAUGGCUGAUCAUAAUUCUCGGGAAGACAUACGAAAAAAAUUCGCGGAAAAUUCUGGCUGCAAUGACUAGUGUACAUGACAAGUUUCAAAGUGAUGGAGUUAUUUUCAUUUGAGAUAUGGGUUGUCAAAAAUUUAGGUCCGGGGACAUAUAUGCAUGCAUAAUAUUAUGAUUACUUCUGAGUUGGACGUGCUUUGGAUUACAAAAAUUUUACAUAAAUCAGAACGGUAUUAUAAGUUGAAAUGAUCUUUAGAACGCAGACGUCAAAACCUGCCUUCUGGCGCAACAAAUGGCGAAGGACAAGAAGAAAACCGGGAUGCGUGAGAAGUCGAGACAGAUGAUGAAGUACGUUCAUGAACAACGGGCCGCCCGGACCUUAUCUAUCAUUGUCGGGGCAUUUAUCUUGUGCUGGCUGCCCUUCUUCAUUGUUUCACCGUUCAUAGCUGUAUGCCCAUCUGUAAGUUGUCAAUUUUAGCCAUAAUCCCUACUUUCAAUGGAGAACCACGUCAGAAAAUGGCAUAUAUAUAAGCCGAGCCAUUUCUAAAUAUUUGUAUGCCCAGAAAAUGUGUCACGACGUUUAAAAUUCUUUGCCAGUGCACGUCGAUAAUGCGUAGUUGAAGCUUUUUCCUGACCAAUGUUUAAUCAAUAUGGCGUCUUGUCGAUACGCUGUAGCGCGCUAUGUAGAAAACCGUUUUCAUAAGUUUCGAUAUUCAUUUGUAUUCAUAAUUGUUCAAAAAAAACGAUAUAACGAGGUUAAUUAGUCCAAAGUUAAAAGUUGUCUGACGCAACGUUGCGCAAUCUCUCUUUAUCAAAUUUCUGCCUUUCUCUGCCGCCUUCCCAUCCCCUCCUCUUUUUUUGUAAACUUUUCACAUUGGAGAUGACUUCACGCACCGAAGUCAUCUAUAGGUUGGCUCAUGGGUCCUCCAGUGUUUAGAUUGGAAUACCCUAAAAACUGAACAGUAAUAAAAUCGUUUUUCAGUGUGUUGGGAACCACGAAUUGAUCUUCUCCUUGAUCACUUGGGCUGGUCACAUCAACUCAAUGCUAAAUCCAUUGAUCUAUUCCCGGUUCUCGAGGGAUUUCCGUAAAGCUUUCAAGCAGAUUCUCACCUGUCAACGCGAAAAGCCGACCAGGAAGGCGAUAAAAACACCUCUGAACAUUGUCUUUGCCCAGUUGGUGUCGAUAACUCAGCUCUGGGAACAGCCCCCUGAAAGUGCUCUCUCAUCAUGA